AUGGCUCAUGUCCGCCCGAUGCGCGCAACCGACCUCUUUAAAUUCAACCAAUGCAACCUCGACCCGCUGACGGAAACCUACAACAUCGGCUUCUACCUCGAGUACCUGAUCAAAUGGCCGCACCUCUGCAACGCGGCUAACAACCUUACCGUACUUGCGAAGCUCGAGGCCUCGCCCUACCCCGCCCCCGUACAGCCCUACUCCCCCGACACGAACCCAAACCCCAACUACCUCCCCUGGCACGGCCACAUCACCGCUCUCACCAUCGCCCCAAAAGCGCGCCGUCUCGGCCACGCGACGCGCCUGACACAGAGUCUCGAGCAGGCGUGCGAUGCCGCGGACGCGUGGUUUGUGGAUCUGUUCGUCAGGGCCGAGAACAAGGUCGCGCAGGAGCUGUAUAGGAAAAUGGGGUAUAGUGUCUAUAGACGCAUUGUUGGGUAUUAUAACGAUGAUGCGGAUGCGUUUGAUAUGAGGAAACCGCUUAGUAGGGACAAGGGGCGGAAACAUGUUAGGGAGCGGGGUGAGGAUGUUAGGGUUGAUCCGGCGGAGGUGUGGUGA